AUUUCGCCGCUUUUUUCCGAACCCUCAAUUAGUUUUGGCCUUAAUUUGCCUGUGCGCGAGUGAAAAAUUGCUAAAUAUUCGCAUUCUUGAGGUAAUUUGCGGUAAUCUUUUCGAAAUUGUCCACGGACACUCAACAGAAGAGUGAAUUGGUAGUGGGAUUGAUUUCCUCUGGCCGCUGUGGGUGGGACCUGUCAGUUUCUCUGGACAGCAGCAGCCCUUUGUGGCCUCUCUCCGUAGUUUUCUCCCUCAGUAGUUAAUUCUCCCCCUGAAAGUCAAGUGGCUGACUCCCAAAGUGACCGGAGUGCCGCUCUACAGGCCACGGAAGAGGUAGUUUUAGUGGGUCGAGGAAAAUGAGUGUUGUAAACAAUUUGUGAGGAAUCCCCGGAAUCAUGUCCCGUCUGGCGGACUACUUUGUGAUUGUGGGCUACGACCACGAGAAAGAGAGAAGUGGCACGCGAAGUGGAAAGAUUCUGCAGAGAUUCCCGGAAAGUGACUGGCACGACACCCCCUUCAUCGAGGGAAUUGAGUGGGUAAGUGGAGAGUCAGGACGCAGCUCUGCGGAGGAGAGUGUGAGUGUGUGUCUUUUGCAGUUUUGCCAGCCGCUGGGAUGGGCCCUUUCCACGGAGCGCCAAGAGCCCCGAUUCUUCGUGUCCGUGCUCACGGAUAUCGACGCCAAUCGCCACUACUGUGCUUGCCUCUGUUUCAACGAGACAAUCUCGAUCACGCCAAACAAGCCAAUCGACGAGGAGGAGGAGACAUUGACACCCGGGAGAGCCCUCAUUCCGGCUGUGACAACAGUCACUCAUCAUAGUAUUAUGUACGCACCGAAGUGUCUGGUCCUGGUAUCGCGCCUGGACUACACGGAGACUUUCAGGAAUUGCCUGGGAACGAUCUACACGGUGUACAUCGAGAGUUUGGGCUUCCCUCUUGAGACCCUGAUUGGGAAUAUUCUCGGCUGCAUCCAGGUGCCUCCUCCGGGUGGGCCGCAAGUGCGCUUCUCGAUCGGGGCGGGGGACAAGCAAGCUCUGCAGCCGCCUCUGUACACCACCCUCCCAGUCACGGGCACUUCGGUGGACUUCCUGUUUACACAGUUGGGUAUUAAGAAUGUGCUUCUGCUGUUCUGCGCCAUGAUGACGGAACACAAGAUCCUAUUCCACUCCAAGAGCUACUCGCGGCUGACGGACAGCUGUCGUGCACUCACGGCUCUCAUGUAUCCAUUCCGAUACAGUCACGUUUACAUUCCAAUUCUGCCCGCAUCUCUUAUCGAAGUGUUAUCAACGCCAACGCCGUUUAUAAUGGGAGUUCAUAGUUCAUUGCAGAGUGAGAUCACAGAUUUGCUUGAUGUUAUUAUUGCCGACAUCGAUGGUGGUUCCAUUCACAUACCCGAAUCUCUCGUGCCGCCCGUGUCGAAGUUGCCGAACCAACUGUGGGAGACCACCCAGCAGGCGCUCACGCUCGUCCUCCAGCCGGAACUGCAAACGGCCGAUCUGGCCUUCAGCGCCCACCCGGCCACAGUGAACGGGGAGCUCCACUGCCGCGAUGUGAAGGUGAAUCGACAGAUGCGAGACAAGGAGAUUCGCGCUGUCUUCAUGCGUAUGUUCGCCCAACUCCUGCAAGGCUACCGCUCCUGUCUCACCAUCAUCCGCAUCCACCCGAGGCCAGUGAUCACAUUCCACAAGGCGGGCUUCCUCGGGGCGCGAGACCUCAUUGAGUGUGACUUUCUCUCGCGUGUGCUGGACAGCAUGUUCUUUACGGGGUUCGUGUACGAGAGAGGACCCCCGUGGCGACCGUGUGACGCGUGGGAUGAACUGUACAGCUCAAUGAGCGACCUGCAGAGAUCCGAACUGCAGAAUGCCUCGCACGUUUUGACGAAUAUCCAGGAGCUGGCGCAAGUGCUGUACACGAAUGAGAAUCCCAACCCGCAGACGUACACGCAGAAGGUGCUGAAGCCGCCAGAGGGGGCCUUCGCCCGGAUACAUCAGCCCCCAAUGCCACAAAUCAAUUCGCAGCAGGUCACGACCAUCAUUCAGGAAGGCAUGGCGAAAAAUGAUCUGCAAUCGCGCUUUCAUACACCGCGAAUGUCUCCGCGGAUUGUCCCGAUGGGGCCGCACUUGCAGAGCAUCUCCGAUGGGAGACCAGUGGUGAACAACACCGCCCGAAGGCUGGAAGUUCUCAAGUCUUGCGUCAACUGUAUCUUUGAGAACAAGAUUGCCGAGGCAAGAAAGAGCUUUCCGGCUGUUCUGAGAACACUGAAGCAGAGAGAUGCCCGGUUGACACUGUGCCGAGAGCUGGCCAAGACCGUGCAGGGCAACAAGGCGAUGCUGGAGCAUCAGCAAUUUGAUUUGGUGGUGAAGCUGAUGAACAGAGCCCUUCAGGAUGACACUGUAAUGGAUGAGCAUGGUGUGGCAGCGGCUCUCCUGCCACUGUCAACGGUGUUCUGUCGGAAACUCUGCACGGGAGUCAUUCAGUUCUCCUACACAUGCAUCCAGGAUCAUCCUGUGUGGAAGAAUCAGCAGUUUUGGGAGGCUGCCUUCUAUCAAGAUGUGCAGACACAGAUCAAAGCUCUGUAUCUCACCAGAUCGCCGUCAGCCAGUGAGAAUUCCUACGCCACGUGGAAGACUGAGAAUGGAAAGAAGAGUCCUAGCAGUAGUCCAGAAUAUCGCUUAUCUCGCAUCCAAGAGCCAUCAGCGCUGGAGAUUGCUGCUGAACAGAUGCGCAUCUGGCCGAGUUAUGAGUCACUGAAGCAGGGAGAGCUGAUAAAAUCCGAGGAGUCAACACUGUACAGUCAGGCGAUUCACUAUGCCAACAGAAUGGUGUCGCUACUCAUUCCGCCUGAUGUGAAUGUGGGUGGGAAGGUGCAGAAGCUGGAUGUGCAUGGUGUGGAGGAUGACACAAGUGUGUCCAAUAGUGUUGUGGAGUCACACAGUCACAGUGAGCAUAGCGAUGAGGGCUUCGAGGAGAGCGACACUGGAGAGUGUGGCAGUGCUGUGGCUAAGAUGGUGUGCAGAUUCAUUGAUCGUGUGUGCACAGAGGGUGGAGUGACGGCGGAUCAUCUGAGGAAUCUUCACGCCAUGGUGCCAGGAGUGGUUCACAUGCACAUUGAAAUGCUGGAGGCAGUUUAUCGGGAGUCGAAGCGCAUCCCGCCAGUGCAGAAGGCCAAGAUUCACGCUCCGAGUUUGUUGUCUGGUGAGGAGAUCAUGACUGAACCGAUGAGAGUGUAUAUGUUGGCUGAUGGGCGAGAGGACAAUGUGUCAGCACUCUUGCCAGCUGAGGGAGCGCUCUUCCUCACCAACUAUCGCGUGGUGUUCAAGGGAUCGCCUUGUGAUCAGCUGGCGUGUGAGCAGAGUAUUGUGAGGGCUUUCCCAGUGUCUUCGCUGACGAAGGAGAAGAGGAUCUCAGUCCUGUACUUGCCACAUCUUGACCAGAAUCUGCCUGAGGGACUGCAGAUGCGCUCCUGCACAUUUCAGCUCAUCAAGGUAGCCUUUGACGAGGAGGUGACUGUGGAGAGCAUCGAGAGUUUCCGCAAACUUCUGCACCGCAUUCGUCAUCCGGAGCAUGAGUUUGGGAGAUUUGCCUUCGCCUCUCACGGAAUGCACAUUCAGACGCCGUUGCACAAAGUGAAGGAGAAGAAUGCCACACUGAAGGGCUUCGCCAAGAAGACACUCAUGAGAACGGCCAAGAAGGCGGGCUUCAAGCCAAAGGGUGGCACGAAGAGGAAGUACAUCUUGUCCGGUAUUGAUUCUGAGGAGAAUCACGGUCAUGAGAAUAAUGAGGAUGACGAUGCCUCGGAUGAUAAUGCCGAUGCGAUGCCACGAGUGACGGCGAAGGAUGUGGAGCGCCUCAAGGAGAGGAGCUAUGUGAAAGACUGGGAACGACUGUACUUGAGCGAUCCGAUGUCAGGCUAUCGGAUCACCACUGUCAAUUGCAGUUACAACCUUUGUCGCUCAUAUCCGGCCAUUCUUGUCUCACCGCACAGGAUCUCCGAUGAUCAGCUGCGCUGCAUUGCGCGCUGCUACAAGAAUCAACGAAUCCCCGUGCCAACGUGGCGGCAUCGGAAUGGCGCCAUCCUGCUGAGAGGAUCUGUGCCACAUGCCAAGGGUGUGAUGGGGAUGCUGAAGGCGCAUCAGGGCUCAACGAAUGCCGCCACAGACAGCACGGCUUUCCAGGAACAGGACCACUACUUUGUCACCGUGAUUGAUAACUUGCCGCACACAGUGACGCCCGCGAGGCAUCACCAGUGGGAGAUGAUGUCCAGCAGCAAUCUCUCCAUCAAUUCACUCCUUCUGGCCGCUGAGGAUCAUCACUUUGGCGCGAGGACAGACAAUCUGUCCACGCUGACGCCGGAGAUUGCACGGAAAUCCACAUCGAAUGUCUUUCAAACGGCAAAAUCGAGCUUUGGGAACUUCAGUGGACGAGCGGUGAAGAAUGUGAACAAGUGGGGAAGUCUCAAGACCGGUCCGAGUCAGCUGAGGACUCCAGAUGGCUUGUCUGAACGGGAAUCUCAUCACCAGUACGACUUCCAGCGAGUGCCGCUUUACAUGCUGGGCGAGAAGAGUCAGAGCAAAUCGGCCAGGCUCUCAGAGAUGUACGCCGAGUUCAUUCCAGUGGAUUAUCCAGAUGUGAGACACACACGUCUGGCCUUUAAGAAGCUCAUGCGAGCGUGCUUGCCAUCGGCAGUGAGUCAGGAACCGGAUCAGAGCUUUGCCAAGCUCCUGGAGCAAUCGGAUUGGCUACAGCAGAUCCGGGGAUUGCUACAGCUGUCCGGCGCUGUGGUGGAUCUGAUUGAUAUGCAGGGAUCAAGUGUGACUCUGGCGCUGGAGGAUGGAUGGGAUGUGACGGCACAAGUGUCCUCUCUGGCGCAACUCUGCCUGGAUCCCUAUUAUCGCACAGUUGAGGGCUUCCGUGUGCUGAUUGAGAAGGAGUGGCUGGCAUUUGGACAUCGCUUUGGCCAUCGUAGUAAUUUGAAGCCACAGAGCAGUUCAGGCUCACCUUUUGCUCCCACUUUCCUGCAGUUUCUGGACGCCGUUCAUCAGAUUCAGACUCAAUUCCCACUGGCUUUUGAGUUCAAUGACUUCUUCCUGCGCUUCUUGGCAUAUCACAGUGUCUCUUGCCGCUUCCGCACGUUCCUGUUUGACUGUGAAGUGGAGAGAUUUGAUUUGGGCAUCGCCACGGUGGAGGAUAAGAGGGGCUCCCUCAAUUCCCAUCACAAACAUGCUGUGGAGACGGGCACGGGAUCGGAUGAUGACAGCAUUUAUCCGGGUGGAUUGAGGAAUUCUAGUUCUUCCACGCAGAAACUGGGUCACUCUGUCUUUGACUAUGUUGAGAGACAGCACGCCAAGUCACCGAUCUUCUUCAACUUCACCUAUACGCCAGAUCCCGAUCGUCAGGUGUUGAGACCUCAGAGCUCCGUGGCAAUGCUGGAGUUGUGGGGCUUCUAUGUGGACGAGGAGAUUGCUCAUGGGCCGCCGUACGAUCCCGAACUGGUGGGCAGUGACAAUAUUGAUGAGGACAAUGACUCGUCCGAGGGGAAGAAGCCCAAAAGGAAGGUGAUCAGUGUGGGAUAUGACAGUCUGGACAAACUGGAUCCGGAUGCAUUCACGAGACUCUUGGAGGAGCUGAAGCAGGCGGAGGCGGAGAGGGGAUUGCUGCCCCAGAAGUGGCGGCAAGUGUGGGAUAAGCUGGAGCUGCCACACUCGGACUCACUCACGAGACAUGCGUCCUUCAGCAGCGCCCUGGUGAGGUCUCACGGACGUCUUCAGCACAAGAGGUCAACUCUUGAGAUUCUGAUGAGAGGACGCUUGGCUGGCCACCAUCAGGAGACGUUCUCUCAUCCCCACCGAUUUGAGAAGCACGCCUACACGACUCCGUCGCACUGCAAUCACUGCGACGGGCUUCUGUGGGGCCCCAUGAGGACGGAAUUGCGCUGCAUGGAUUGCGGGAACUCAUAUCACGAGAAGUGCGCCGAGACUGUGCCCAAGAACUGCACCAAGUACAAGGCGGUGGAGGGUGUGCAGCAGACACUCACGCGAUCGCAGGGAGACAAUGGGAGCAUCACGUCAAGUGCGACAGCCGGACAGACUUCCUUGCAGCACUUUUACGAUCAGUUCAGCAGCAAUGUGGCGGAGAACAGAACGCACGAAGGGCAUUUGUACAAGAGGGGCGCUUUGCUGAAGAGCUGGAAGCAACGAUGGUUCGUUCUGGACUCGAUAAAGCACCAAUUGCGCUACUAUGACGCAAUGGAAGACUCCAACUGCAAGGGAUUCAUCGACUUGGCUGAGGUGCAGUCCGUUCAGGCGGCGGCAUCGGCGGCCGUGGGCACAAAGAAGGUCGACGAGAAGGCAUUCUUUGACUUAAAAACCAGUCGUAGAACGUACAAUUUCUAUGCAUUAGAUGCAAAUAUGGCUCAGGAAUGGAUCGAAAAAAUCCAAGCAUGUCUGCAAUAAGGAGGAAUAUGCACUGGAGUGUAAAUAGGAUUAAAUAGGAAUAUUUAGGAAAAAAAAAGAAGGGGCGGAACAAUGAAAUUGUGAGGGAAGGAGGAAAAUCAGUGGAAGUGUCGAAAUCAAACUUAAGAGAUAUUAUGCAUAGUUAAAUUACUACAUUACUUCACUCUGUACUGUUUUUCUCCGCAGCCAGAACGGCAGUGAGGAGGGGAGAAAGGGACUUUUCAUUGUAAUUUUUUCUCUGUUAUCAACUCAAUAGUUUUAUUCUGCAUUUAUUUUUUUUAACUAUUACGUGUUAAAAAUACUUGAAAUGAGAUUUUUAGUGGGGAUGAUAACACUGAGAUAUCAUUCGUUCCAGAUUUAUAGGUUUAUUUAAAUGUCCUAUGUUUACUGUGAAAUGAAAAUGGAAAAAAAUAAAGCAUUUUGCAUCAUGAUAUUAGAAGAAAAAGGAGCAAUUUUCAUCCUCGGAGUCCCCGGAUCUUUCGAA